UGAUGUACAUCUUCUCCUAACUUUGGAAAUGCAGUUACUGUUUUCAUGAGUCAUGGAAGUGAAACUAGAGGUGCUUGUGUCCUCUAGUCUUAAACACAAGAAGCCAUGGCCUAGAAUUUGCUGGGUUGGACAGGAAAAAGAAUCUACUUUUCUUUUGGAUGCCAGACGUAUUUGUGAGAUUAAUCUAAGUUCAGGAAGACGUAAUCGGAAAAUUCCCAAACUUCAGACUGCUGUGAAAAAGGCAAUCAGUUUAACAGCAUCAGGAAAUGGUGCUUGGCUGGCAGGAAUUAUUUGUCCAGGAGAAGCGUUUCUAUGGAAUAAAGAUCGGGAUUGUUUGAAAACUGUGCCUCUUACAGAUGAAGUCAGCAAACUGGUUAUUUCUUCUCAGGAGGAAUUUGUGAAGCUGUAUUUAUUCGUCUCAGACGAUGGGAAGAAGAUGCUUCUGGCUACACAGAGAGGCUGUGUAUGUCUAUGGGAGAACAAUGAGAGCAAAGAUUUAACCGCUAUUCCUGAUUCUUCAUUGAAGGGAAAAUGGACUCUCAUUGAGCCUUGUAGGCCAGUGGUUCUUCCUACUGCUGAUGACAAGGAAACUGUAAUGCAGGCCAUGUUAAUCAGAGAUAAGGUCCUUGGUGACUGUUGUUUAAGUUCCUUCACAUUUAAUUCUGGAGAUCAUCUGAUACUGCUGUUUCUGGCACUAAGAUGGCAUGAAACUGCCCAGAAAUUCCUUAGUUCUUUCGCCUAUCAAGAUUGUUGGUCAAUGCAGAAGAUCUCACUGACUAGCUUAGUACCAAAAUGUGAGCCUAUAAAGUCAAGAGGAGCUUUAGUUUCAGCAUUCUCAAGAGAUGGUCAUGUGCUGGCAGUAGCCUUAAAUCAAAUGGAUCCAAAGGCCACACAAAUUUUGUUUAUAAACACAUUAAACUUCGUGGUUGUUUCUGGGAACCUCAGAGGUUGUGGAAGCAAGAACCUGACCAUCCCUUCUAAGUACAGAAGAUCAUACUGGGUUGCUGACAUGUGCUGGACUCAUGAUGAUCUUUUCCUGGCAUGCAUGUUAAAACGAGGAUCUUUUCUAAUUGUCACUCGUAUUGGGGAAUUGCUCUCCUUGGUUACCUUUGGCUGCUCUGUUGAAUUUGGGCCUGCAGAAUUUAUUCCACUGCAUCCACUAAUAACCUACAGCAGUCCUCAGUCUGGCAUUCAAAGCACAAACCAUAAUGACUCUCCAGGAUCUGCAGCUUCUGAUGCUGACCCCAUGCGACAGUGUUUUUCUGUAACCGCUCAUCCACGGUUGCCAUAUUUAAUUGUGUCAGAUGGUUACAUGGCUACAGUACUGCGCAUCUCAGAGAAGCUGUCUCCUUCUACUUUCAUGAAGUCACUUCUUUUGGAUGCAACUCAGAAGCUUGAGCAAAUGCACCAGUCUCUUGCACUAACCCAGCCAGAAGAAAAGAAGCUCAGACUGUGCUCAGUAUCCUCCCUAAAAUCAUUACUUUUGAAAGCGAAACAUAGUCCAAGUUCUUCUAUUUCUACUGUGCCAGCAUUUCUGCAAGAUGACGAUGAAACAUUUGCUCUCUAUGAAAAAUCAAUGCAGCAGCAGUGUGAUGAAGAGUCUGAAGAUGACGGCCACCUUCCUGCUAAUGAUUUGCCAUCUUUUGGGAGAAAGGAGAAUUCAUUUGUUGGAGUGAUGGACCAGGGCAAGCUGGAGUUUGCAUACAUGUUUGACACUGUUCAUGCCAAAGAUGAAACUAGUGGUGCAGAUCACAUUUUUGAUACAGUCUGCUGUAUACAGAAGAUUCUCCUCACAGCUUGGAGCACUGGAAUUUCCCUAACAGAUGUGAAAGAAAAGGAAGACUUAUUAAAUUAUACUGUUCAAUGCACAGUUCACUUUGCCCACCUUCUUCAGUGCCUUAAAUUUCGUCUACCACCUCAUUUUUCAAAAGGUGAUAAAGUGCUAAAAAAUAUAAUCCAAAGUGACCCUUGGAUUUUUAGAGUUCUUCGUCUGUUUCGACAUUUCUUAAUAAUCCUGUUAUGGGAUUUUGCAGACAAACAUUCUUUAGGUCAUAUUGUAAGAUUAGUAUCCAGUAUUGUAAAACUAAUACUUUUGCGACCUGGACAGGUGUCGCAUAACUCUUUAUUGGGAUGUUUUUGCCUUCUUAAACUAACAUCUCAUCAUGUGAAUACUCUAUACAGUUCACAGCCUGAGGUUCCAGCUGUUUCAGGGAGCAACUCUGCUCUGGAUUCAUAUUCUGUUCCGAUAUUUCAGGCAACAGGUGACACCAGUACUGAGAUUCAGUGCUCUUUGCAUUCAGUUUUUCAUCUGCCUCCUGAAGAAGUAAAUAUUUCCCAAAAGCCAGCUAACAGAUUGAUUGGAAUUUGGAGAAUGCUGUACAAGAAAGUUCUUUGGUACCAAACUUAUCUUGAUAAGCAGAUGUGGCAAAAUGACAGAAAUGGGUCAAGCAACAAACCUUCACAGUUUCUUACACACCUAUGCUGCCAGAUUCAGGGAGUCCUGCAGUCUGCAGGUGGAAUGUUGCAGUCAGACUUGAGACUAAUCCCGAUUACAGGUGAGGCUCAUUUUCUUCAGGGUUUGUACACUGAAGCGGUACAGAUGUGGAAACUGGCACUGCAGAAGGAAACUGGAAAAGGAGGAAGCAGAACAUGCUUUUUGCAGACACGAUAUUACCUAGCCAUUUUGUACUGUCAUUUGUACAAGUAUAAUUUAAGUGCUGCUCAAGGACUGUGUGAUCAGAUUGUGCGUGAAUUACUGAGUCGAUCUGAUAUGCCUGUAGAAGACAGGGGCAAUGGCUCAGAGGACAGUGACUUUGACCUGCGCACACUAAGAGAAGUGCAUAGGGAAGCAGCCAUUGCAGUGAUUAAGUCUAUGGCUCGAUUCAUGGCUGCGUAUUUCACCAGUGAGCCUCUAAGUGUGCUUCCACCUCAUGAUGUUGAGGUUUUGCCUCCAUUACACAUAAAACCAGGUAAACUGCAACGAGUUGUACCUUUGCAGCAUGUUGUUGUUAGAAGCACAGUAAGGACUCAGCAUCUCUCUGCUGUGUGGACAGUGGAAUAUACACUUGAUUUGCUUCUCAUUGCUGGGUUGCUUCCAGAGGCUGCUUGGCUGGCUUACAGACUUGGAGACUGGAAAACUGCUGUUUCCCUAGGCUUGGCUUACAAUUUAUUCUUUAAAAGCCAUUCUAUCUUUUCAAGGCUGAAAUUUAGAGAGUUACAUUUGUCAGAAGAGCAACAACCCGCACAAAUAUUUCAGGCCAAACUUCAGUCACUCUUGGGAGGACCUGUUAAGUCGGAAGUGACAGAUGCAAAAAUUCACAGCUGUAAGCAGUUCACAGAUGCAAUUGAAGAAGAGGAUGCAGACUUGCUUUUUAGUUCGGUUCAGGAAAUACUGAAGGCAGCAGUCAUGGCUGAUGCUGAUAUUUUGUCAGAAACAUUUCAGCUUUUGUGCAAGUCUGCUAAAGAUCACUGUGCACGAUUUUGUGGAUUAGUACCCAUGAAACUAUACCUUCCAGCACCACCACUGUACUGCCCACAGCCAGCUUCUGUCAGUGAGGAUAACCCAAAUGAUCACUCAUUAACAGUGGAGAAAGUUACUCGUCAGAAAGUUUCUGGUGUGCUGCAGAGAAUUCUUCUUCUCUUCAGGGCAGCACGAUGCUCCCUUCCUGCUGCCCAGUGGUACAUCAUGCAAGUAAAACGAGCUCGAAAAGUCAUGAACAAGAUUCGUUUAAAAGGUUCGAUGGUUUCAUUAUCUCCUUUUCCGGAAUCGCUGCUUAAUUAUUGCAGAAUUAGUAAAGGAUUCUUUAGACGUGGACACAGUGGAGACUGCCAGCUUGAUAAUGUAUCUGUAACAGUAAUAGGCUGUUUCAGAGAACUUUGUGCUUUAUGUUGGAUGCUUCACGUUCGGGAUAUGCUGUGCCACUGUUGCAGGCAGUAUCAAACUGCAAGAGAGCUUGUGAGGACCCCUCAGGAUCAUGAGGUGUGUAUAGAAUAUGAUGCUUCUGUAACUGAACAUUGCUUAAAUGCGCUGGAGUGGGCUUGUCGUAUGCUGCCUUUCUGUAGAUUUAUGAACAUUGAAGAAACUGUUCAAGAUAUAAUUCUAAGCCUUAUUGGAGAACUGCCUCCAGUUGAGAAGGUGGCAGAGAUUUUUGUGAAGGCUUUUCCUGAGGCUGAAGAUGUCCGGGUUCCACUAAGAGAUAAAUAUCAGUUCCUAUAUCAGCGUAUCCGGCAUUCACUUGUGAAAGGUCUAGAAAGAGAAGACAUGAUGUCUGUUGUUAUUCAUGAAUUUGAUAAAGUAAGAUCAAAAACUAUAAAACGUUUAAGAAAGAAUGUAGGACCAAUAGAAACACACAUAUGGGAACCCAUAGAUGAAGGGAUGGCAGAAACUGGAGUACGCACUUUUGACAGAUUCUCUCUGGGGACGACUCUCAGCAGAAGCACACUUACCGACUUUGGGAAACCACAGGUGUAUAGUGAUGGUGAAACUGUGGAUACGAUUUCAGAUGCAUUGCUUACUGAAGACUAUUCUAGAGAAAAUUUUGCAAGAGAUGCCAGGAAUUGGAAGCACCUGUUUUUUGAAAAUAGAGAAAAUAAGAUUGCAUCAAACAAGAAAAAAUAUAAUCAAGGCGAGCAGAAUUUGAAAUCUAAAGAAUUGCUUAACAGCAAUAACAAUCCAGGUUUGCUUCCAUUGGUGGGCUCUUGGGAGUUUGAAUGUAAUGAUGAUGAAUAUGUCUGUUUUUUGGAACUUUUUCUAAGUUUCUUGUUAGAAAGAGACUUAAUGACUAGCAGUGAUCCAGGUAUUCCUCUCCUAACAAGUUUUUCUGAGAAUCUCAAGGAGCAUGAACUGAACUCCCUUCUCUUUGAUGUUCACACAACUCUCAAACGGCGGCAAAGCAAAACUAGUAGCUACAUAUACAGAGCUGGAAGCUGUUACCAAGUAACAUCUAAAACGUCCACUAUUCAGAAACCUGUUUCAUCAUUUAAUGACUUUUCAAAUCAGCCAGCAAGCCAUGUACCACUACAGUCUACUUUAGGAUCAGAUAUAAAUUCAGAAUCUUGCACCCACCCUUACUUUCUAGGAAAUGGUCAAAACAAGAAUAAGGUCAGAAUGAAGGGCUUGUUUGGAUUAAAACAACACUUAUCCUCUACCCAACAAAAAAGCAAUCAAAAAGUGUCAGUUAUACCCAGAACCCUUUCAAGUAGCAAUGAAGCUGAGUCUUUGUGUUUAUCUCUGGCCACUGGGUACAGUUAUAAAGUCAUCGUACCUGAAGAAGGUUCUACAACAUGCAGAGAGUUGGGCCCUGAACUGCAGAACAGGUUCAGCAAUAUAGGCAGGUUAUUAGAGUGGAUGAUCAGGUGGUCCGAGAGGCGACUACUUUGUGGCCCUACCAAAGUUGAAAGACUACAAGAGUACAGCACCACUAUCAGAGUGAAGACUUCAACAGUUUCAAUUCUGGCAUCCUUUUGGCUUCUGGAAGAAAGAUACUGUACAAAGGGUCUAGACAAAGUAGCUAAUAAGGUCCCAGAGACGCAAAGUGUUGUUGCUUCUGUGUUCCAUCCAGAAGCAAAGCUAAAGACGGGAAGAGAGAGUAGUGUGGAUACAGGGUACUUGGAUUCAGGAGAAACUCCUUUGGGUGUCGAUGAUGUGAAUGCACUUGAAGAACAUCAUGAAAAUGCUCUGGUGCUGUCUGAUAUAACAGAAGAAUCUGAGCAGAUGGGAGACCAACAUUAUCACCAGGAAUACAUCACUGAAGAAGCAUCAUCAGAUAAAGAUGACUAUGCCACAGAAGGACAGGGUGACUGCACAGAACAUGAGGUGCCCACAGAAGAAGAGGUGGAAUUUCCUUCUGUUACUGAAGAUGAGACUUCAGAACAACCAGGAAAAGUUUUUUGUAGUCCUAAUAUUGCAGUCAGAAUUCGUCACUUGUCACAACUAAAUGGCAGCCGCCAAGAAAAGAAUGCCCUCAAUCCAUGUAUGGAAUACUCAGAAAGUGAUUUGAUUAAGGAAAUGCCAAAAAAGGGGACCCUAGAUCCGCAAGUGGCAGCUGAGAGCAGCAGAGCUAACUCCACUCCUAGCCCUGUCUUUUUAGAUGUGAAUGCUGCUGCAUCAUGUGGAAUACCAGCCAUGGUUUUUUCAGAUGAUGGCCAUUCUGCUAGAAAUGUUCAGUCAUUUUCAGAUAUACCGACAAGUCCUUCGCCUUCUGCUUUGGUUACUGGAAUGGCAACAAAAUCUUUGCAGAGAAGAGAGGCUCUACCUCAGCAUCUUGGUGCAUCAGAAAAUAUUAGGCAAAUCAUUCAGGAUGAAGUAGUAAGACUAAUGCAGUUCCAGCAGAUCAACUUCACAAACUUGAUUCAAGCAGUAGGAGCAUCAUUUUCUGGCCGUUCAGACAUACAGCAUGUUUUGCAGCCAUCUCAGUCUGAUCAGAAAGGAAUAAACCAGUCCUCAGUGCUAGUAACGCAUCAGGAGAGCGAGAUCCUCCUCAGUCAUCCAGCAGAACACACAACGGAUACUUCACCACCAGUAUUACAGGCAGCAGCCAGAGAAAAUUCAACAGGAUCGACUCAUUCUGAAGGUCCAAGAUCGAACAAAUCAUGUGACCAGCAUAAUAAAGAAAAUUCUGAGAAUCCUCCAGAACUGAAUCUCCCCAUGAACCAACCUAGGAGUCAAACCAGUGGUACUGGUAUAAUUCCAGAAUCGUUGCCAUUGCUGAGUUCUACCCAUAUAAGGGACUGUCAUUUGCUUUUGCCACAGACUAUCAGUCACAAGAGCAUUAAUCUUAUUCCUGUCAACAGAGAACUGUCUGCAGUAAGUAGAAUUCCUCUGCUUAGACUCCACGAUGUCCAUCAGUUUAAACAACUGAAUGUGCCAGAAAUGAGGAUCCCAAAUGUUGCUACUUCCCAAGCUCCUUUUUCAUUUUCCUUGCCACCUAAAGAAGCAUGGGGGCCUUCUAUCCAGCAACAAAACCUUUUGAAAUCAGGAGUUCCAAAAGAAACUGGCUCAGCAGCAGUACACUUUACCAUGUAUGAUUUAGAGCAUGUACCACCAGCAGAAAAGCAGAAACGACUUGGUGAAAUGACCUCCAAAGGACCACCCAGCCAUCUUAACAUGGAUCAGUAUGUCAACUACCCAGCACCUACUUCACAAAGAAAUGAUUUUGAGCAGAGAAUGCCAGAGGUUCAGCCUUCAUCACAGUAUAAAACUUCUUUUAGUACUCCUACAAUCCCUUUAAUAAGCCUUAAAACGUGUCCAUCACAUCCAGCUGCAUCACAUGCAUUUCCACCAAUUGUACACUCCACUGUGCCAUACUGCUCGGUACCUGUAAGGCCUCCAACAGUUAAAUUACAGGCAAAAACUGGAUUACAGUACUUAAGAAUGCCACUGCUUCAAGCUAACCUGCCUCCAGCUAUUAAGUUAUUGCCACCUCCAUCUAUAAUCCAGACACCAGAAUACUUCUCAUUUGAGAAUUCUGCAGCCUUUGAACAAAGCUUUCGGCCAGGUUUACAGCAUGUUGUAGGAAAAAGUCACCCUAGAGAGCUGCAGUUAUUAAAAGCCCCCACUGAACCUUUUGACCAAAAAUUAGAACAAAACACCAGUAAAAGGCAGAAGAGACAUAACAAGAAAAGGAUUGAAGAAGAAAAUGAAAGAGUACAGAAGAAACCAACUGUGUCAUUCAGAUUAGGCAAUUCCAUCAUCAGCCCCCGUACAGUGGAUGACGCACUGAAUACAGAGGAGUCCAAUGAGACUUCAAAAUCUCAGCCAGAAGUAGGAGGAGUUUUGCCUCAACCAGAAGAAGGAUUUAUUUUGCCUCUAGGUUCUUCUGAUUCAGUUUUAGCACAGUAUGAUAAGAUUUCUGGGAAGAUCCCUGCAGUGACCGAAUUACAUUACUUUGCUUCGACUAUGAAGAAAGCUGUAGAAUGCCAGGAUGCCAGUACUAAUACAGACACAGUUAAAUCAUGCAGGAAUAUUGAAACAAUUACUGAAGAUGUCGUUUUUAAAACUAAUGAAGAUAAGCCAAUUACCCCUCCUGUGGCAGAUCUGCCUUCGGAAGUUCCACAAGUUUUGCCACCAGAUGUUUUUGUAAACCUCAAAUACUCCAGUGAUGUGACUCCCAGACCUAAGUCAAUGCACCACUCAAGUACUAAGUCUGAUUUGAAGGAUCUAGUUGGUCACAGGUUUAUCAAUAUGGUUGACAUCAGUGCCACAGAAAUUUUGAAUGAUUUACCAGCAGUAGAGCAGACCAACGAAAAUGUUCUGUCCAAGAAAAAAAGAAUUCCAUCCACUGCAGAAUUACAUUACAUAGCAGCUUCAGUCACCAGACCAGCUGUUCAAGAUGUCGAAUACAGAGAAUCGAUAAUUAAGCAGCCAUGGACUGAAAUAGAAUUAUUGGAAACAGAACCAGUGCCAUCAAGUGAUGAACUGACUCGGCAGCUACUGCUUCAUGAUAGCAGUAUGUACACAGUGGGACAGCCACAUAAGAAUGUGCCAUUGAAGCAGUUAACCAAGUAUCCAUUUACUGAGAAGCUGCAUGAAAUCGAUGUACAGCUGUCUGCAUUACAGAACCUUGCAGAAAAUAUGGAACUUGAUUUUGCUAAUACCCGACUGCUGGUGAAUACAAUAGAAAGCAUGGGUGUAGUAGCAGAUCCACAUGUAGAAGCAACCCAUUUAUUCGCUAAUGCAAGUAGGAUUACGGAAGAUUAUCGCCGGAAUAAUGUAAUAUUAGAAGAUGUUGAAGAGGAGAAAGAAGAGGUGUCACUGCCUGAGCUUCCUGUUGUUACUGCUAUGCAAAACAGCUACUGCUUUUCUUCUGCGGCUCCUGCUUCCAAUGAUUAUGAGAACCUGGAAAAGUCUGCUGAACAGGAAAGCAUCCAGAAACACCAAAGUAGGCCAGUAAGAAACACUGAGCCUGGCUUUGGAAGAACUCCAAGAGAAUCUGAACUCUUUGUAGGUGAUGACCUUCACCUUAGUGGACUAAGUGAUGUUGCAGAUAUCAUAAGUGACCUUGUGAAAGACAGAGGUGUUUCAGCAUCAGAGCUGGGCCUCUCAGAAGCACAGGCAAAUGCAGUCUCCAGAAUGGCUUCUGUCCAAGAGAUAUCCAGAGAGCAAACUUUACAGAGAAAAGAAAGGAAUCACAAAGAAAUCAGAGACUGGAUGAAGAAGAAAUGGAAGGAAAGGUCAGCUGAAUAUCAGAAAAAGUUGACUGAGCUAAGAGAGAGGGAAUUCAGUCCAUUUAAGUCAGCAGAGGUGAGUAUUAGGCAUUCUGCUGUAUGA